UAUACAUUUUCUAAUCGUCUAAUAUGUGGGGUGUGUAGGUUCUACGUAGACAAGGUGCCCAUUAGGGUUUAUAAGAACAACGAGGCAAGGAAAGUACCAUACCCGAGAUUCCAACCAAUGAGUAUAUAUUCCACGUUGUGGGAAGCUGAUGAUUGGGCGACACGCGGAGGAAUAGAGAAAAUCAAUUGGUCGGGAGCACCAUUUUAUGCUUACUACAAAGAUUUUGAUAUCGAAGGAUGUCCGGUUCCAGGACCAGCGAAUUGUCCUACUAAUCCGAUGAACUGGUGGGAAGGCAGUGCAUACCACACGUUGAGCCCGGCGGAAGCUCGAGGAUAUAGAUGGGUUCGAGUGAACCAUAUGGUCUAUGAUUAUUGCACUGAUAAGUCUCGCUUUCAUGUUCCUCCCCCAGAAUGCUCCGCUGGAAUAUGAUCCAAAUUAAACACACAUUUAAAAAGCAAAAACAAGACAAAGUGGUUCCACAAUCGAUCUGAUUGUGAUCAAGUGUUCUUAUGUAUCUAUAUCUUUGAAUUUUACUUUGUUUCCAUCAUGUCUUGUAUUCCAUUGGGUUAUUAUCGUGUAUGAACACCAAGUUUGUUUGUUGGAGUAUA